UUUGUUUUGACUGACCAACACAGAAAAGGUCUAGCGAAAAUGCGGAACGGCCCCGUUUACUGUCCACAGUGUCGCUUGAGGUCAAAAGUUGCAAGAAGCGGCUUUAGGUUUCGUCCAGACAUCAUACCGACAACAGCCGGCAAAUAGAGCGUCUAAAGGGUUACCUUGGUGUCCAAAUGACCACGAAACCGGACCUUACGCUGUCUCUUUGUUGUCCAGAGGAGCAUGUAGUGAUGAGGUAUGAGAAAAACAACAGAAGAUAGAGACGAGGCGAGUUUUAUCUGAUUAUUCUAGAAGGUGACGUGAAAGCCUGCGGGUGGCUGGCCGGGCUAACACCGCGUUUUUACCCGUUUCUGUUUAUGAAAUGCUGUGAAGAUGUGGCGGCUGUUGGUUCUAGCUGCCGUGGUUCGUUACGGCUCGCCAGGUCUCAUAGAUCCAAUCGCAGGUUCAUCAGAUAUCAUAGGAUCAGGUGGUGGCAGCUGCCCGUCGGAUUAUUGUUCAAAUGGCGGUCUGUGUGUGGCCGGAGUGGACGGCGGACCGGACACGUGUGACUGUCCGUUCGGCUAUUCUGGACAGUACUGUGAAACACGGGAGUGCACGACACUGUUCAUCACCACGUGGGACCAGAGCGUCCCGGUGUCAGGCGACCACAACGUCCUCGGCCUCUACACGCUCGAGCCGUUCCAGAGCGACGGGCGCGACGUCUACAAGUAUUACGGCUAUGACGCCUGGCUUUUCUACCUGGCAAGCGAUGGCGUGUGGCUGGUUGGAGAGACCAUAGGCUCCUGGCCUGCCUUCAUGGUAGCGGAAUGGGCGCACGAAUAUCCUGACCAGACAUACGGUCCGUUCUACCUCUGGGCUGACGGUACUUGGAACGAGGAACCGACCCUUGAGAUACGCUGCAGCGUCGACCCGCCAUGCGAGUCGUCCCCGUGCCAAAAUGGCGGUGUGUGCAUCACGCACGCCCGGUACUGGAACAGCAACCCCUACUACAGCUGCGACUGUCUGCCCGGGUUCUACGGGUACAACUGUGAGAACAAUACUGACGAAUGCGCGUCCAAUCCGUGCUCCAAUGGCGCCACGUGUGUGGAUGGAGACAACGCCUACACCUGCGACUGUAUCUUUGGGUCCAUCGGGACUCACUGCGAGCGAGUGUUGCCCUUCUUCCGAGAAAAGUUCCUAGUAUACGAGGCAGAUCCAACUGCGGCUCCCGUUGAGUGUUACGUCUGUGACUCGGCCAGUGACGACCACUGUGACGUAGCCCAAUACACGCUGCCGGAGGAAUUUCAUAACACUACCAACACAACACAGGGUUGCGGCAGCGGGGCAUGCUGGAUCGUCCGGACGGCGGUCAACGGCCAGUUGGUCUCCUACCAACGUUCCUGUGCCUACAACAACAUGGAAUGUGACGACAUCCUCAAAUUGGAGAACUGUCAGGAAGACGGAGAGACCAAGGUUUGCUACAGGUGUUGUACCGCUGACCGCUGCAACACUGCCCAGCUGACCGGUAACGCCGUGUUCGUGCUGCCGGACUCCGGAUCCGGCUCCGGCGGCGCUGCUUACAUCGGCCCGCCGUCACUGCUGCUGCUGCUGGCCGCUGUCCUGUUCCUCAUCGUCAACGGAUAGGCCGGGACGGCAACCCAGGUCAUGGACCAGGACCCCAAAUUUCACAUAUGGGUACCCUCUGGGGUGGCAAAUUCUCCUUGUGAUUUUUGGCGUUUAAUAGUGUGCGUCCGUUUGUCAAGAAUUUCCAAAAUUGUACAGGCAUGUCUGGAUUUUUUCCGCGCGUGCGUAAUAGAAUCAUGAGUAUUCCCUGAGGAAUUUCUUUGAAGCAGUCUUUAAUAUAGUAGAAGGCCUGUGGUAUACCAAUUAUAUUUUGAUGUGAUAGCCAUUCUGGUCAUGAUGGUAGCUUUAUAUCGGGUAUCAAACUUAUUACCAUCUAAAUGAUACAGAAAUUUCGCGUCUUAAACAAGGGGGAGGGGAAAAAAUCAAACUUCAAUAUUUUUCAAUGAACAUUUACUGGCUGAUAGAACCUGCUAAGAGGAUCACGUACAGAAAUAUCAAUCGAUUUUCGAUAUCAUGAACAUAGGAAUUUGUUGUCUGGGCUGCUCUGGUGGGCGUCGGGACUCUAUCUUCGUAUACAUAGUCGGGAACAACUGAAUCUAGUUGAUACCUUACAUAUUGUAGCUAAGUCUAAUUUUUGUUGUGACUUGUGUUUGAAUAAUGAGAUGUUCGUAGCUGACGUCAUGACGCACAUUAAGCGUGAACGUCAUUUUUUUGUGUGGAUUGCUCAAUACAUGUUAAUCUUUUAGCAGCUGUACACAUGUGUGUGACCACUAUCUAAACAGAAAACUUGUCAUUUUCGGAACUGGAAUUACGACAUACUUAUCUUUUUGAAGUAAUCCGCUUAUAUUAUGACUGUUUGGAAGUUAAAAAAGCUUAAGCUGUUCGUUUGAAUAUUGUUGUGACGUACCCAUAACCUGUGUCCGUGGUGGAAAAUCACCAAAAAAUAGUGUACACGUUUGCACAUAGAAGUAAUAUCUUUUUUCUUUUAGGAUAAUUGCAAGAAAAUAUGAUAUUCUUUCUCAUUUUUACCAUCAUUUUGCUAAUAUUGCUGUGUGAAAAAAUGCAUGAAAUGUGGUUUUGUGUCUUAUUCUAAAGAUAAGACUAAAAUAAAUGUGUGUUUUGUGACUUU